CCACACUCCCCCCUGGUAGGGGCCAUACAACUGAAAACAUUCAUGACAACUUCAGUGCAGCACGUCCCCUUACAUAAGUCAGUCGGUCGCAUACACUCGACUGUCCAAUUUACCCUCCAGUACGAGUGAAUUUUUGUUUUUGUUUCGCACUUAGUAAAUUGAUGUGCCAUAAUAGUUUGUCGAAAAACUUCUAGUGCUGUGAUAUUAGCCUUUUUUGUUUUUAUGGGAUUAUGACGAAUGGAGAUUUUCGAAAAUUGCACGUGAAAGAUAUUGAAAUGGCUCUUCCAACUGCAGAAGACAUGGGAUUCUGUUCGAGCGAAGAUUAUUUGGAAAACGACAUCCACUCGCCAACUGAUAGCUCCGAUGAUAGCGUGGAAGUCAAAGUUUCCGCCAUCUCCUUGAACAACAAGAGAAAAUUGCCAGAGUCCAGAAAAUCAUCCGGAACUUUCGCGGGGCCCUUGAAGAAGAGAAUGUGCCUGAAAGUCAAAGCCGAAAUUAGCGAUAAUCAUCCCUUCAGACCUUGGAGUCCCUCUCCCAACGAAGGUGGAGAAGAGAUUAGAAUAAAGAACGAAGCUUCCUUCUCAGUGCCAUCACCAAACAGUGUUUACCAAUCCAGAACACAGCCCAAACUGGAACCUCAGUUUGCCCCCUAUUUCCGACCCCCUUCUCCUAUCCCGUUUUAUCAACAGACCGAGCCGGUUUCUCUAGUGAAAAAACGUGAAAAUGUCGAUACCAUCAAAGCAGAAGAAAGUGAUACUAGUUCUCAAGACUUGCGUGUACCUAUCCACCCCCAGAUCCAAAGCCUUUCCACAGUGGAAACUGAAAGAAUGAUUCUGGAAUCCAACGAGGUGUUUCCUUCGUUGCAAGCUCCAUCUACAAGCGGCAGCAGUAAGCAGUCCCUCGAGAGCCAAAGGAGAGAGCAGAGGAAUUACAAGAACAUGACUAGGGAGAGGAGGAUAGAGGCCAAUGCGAGAGAGAGGACGAGGGUGCAUACAAUAAGUGCGGCUUUUGACACUCUCAGAAGGUCUAUUCCCUCGUAUUCCCACAAUCAGAAACUGUCCAAGUUGUCCGUUUUGAGGAUAGCUUGUUCUUACAUAAUGACGUUGUCUUCCAUUGUUGAUGAACCAAGCGGGAAUGAGCCUUCUACUUCGGAGUGUGUAGAUAUGGUCUCGAAGACCAUUCAGCGAGAGGGAAAAUUGAGAAAAAAGAAAGAUGAUAAUGACUGAAAGUGCCAAAUUUUUUUUAUUACCUAUCGAGUUCCUAGGUUUUGAAUCUAUUCCAGUUUUUUUAAGCUGCCAAAUCCUGUUUGUACUUAUGUGUAUAAAGAUUUUGACAAAGAAUAUUUAUUUGAUUAUUUAAUAAAGAAUGUCUUUUAUU